CACCAUUUCACAUUCUUCCUAUGAUUCUCAUUUUCUUGUGUUUUUAUUACUUGUUUCUUUUCCUCCUCUUCCUUAUUUGUGUAACAGUGCAUAACACUGGUACAUUUUAAUCCAUUCAUACUUCCCCAAGUGUUUUGCGCGUGGGACUGCUAAAUCUACUAUUCCAGACGAACAAGAGCCUUGGUCUGUGCCAGCUGUUACAUUUGUCAGUGGCGUUUGACUGUUACCCCCUAACAGGCUCUGCUUGUCUGGUUGCUACUGUUACCUGUUCUUGUAGGCUAUCUGAGCGAAUAGUAAUUUCUUCAGAAUUAGCUGUACUUUCCCAUUUAGAAACGUUGAGCCUUAAAUUUAACACUUCCUUUCUGACAGCUCCACUUCAGUUCUAUACUCGUCUAACUUAGAAGUGAUAUUAGUAUUAAUUCUGCUUUCUACUUUGGCAACAUGUUCCAAUCUAGGCCCUUCUCCAUGUGCGCUUCAGGCUUUUCAUUCACACUCUCAUCUACUCUGUCCAACUUACAAUUUACAUCUGAAAUUUCUUGUUGAGUCUGUGCCUUUAUGAAAGGCCUCAGAAUCACAGAAUAACAGUAGUUCCCAUACAAAGAGACCUCACGCCCAGUUGAAUUGUGGUGUUCAUAUUUUUAUAUAUUGGCUUUUCCCAUUAAACAUUCUCCAUAACCACUGCCACCGGGUAAAAACCCAUUUGCAGUUAAUAAUAAUUCCUUUUUUUUGGCAAUACAGCCGCAUCGUCGUUCUCUCCUGUGUGGGAAACUGAGAAGUCCUUGUCGCAAAUCUUUCAGCGCGCCACUAAGUGUAUAAAAUGAUAUUUCUGUAAAAGUAAAGCUGCCCCACUGUACGCCAUGUAGGCGUGGCCAGCGUGAUUGCUACACCGUAACAAAACGUGACUGACUGAUACUCAACAAUUGUUUCCUCGUCAUGUAGGCUGUCGAAAUGGUAAGCAUGAAAGAAAUUAAUGAGUUUAGGUUAGCCCGCACAUAUGUGCAGCAGGUUAUCGUCAGUGUUGAUUUCAGAGCUCAGCGGCGUUCUUCAUGUACUCCGAAACAUUGGCCCUGUCUCAGUGUUUUCGCAAAUUGCCUGUUAGGAAAGGCAAGGAACAACAUGCAUUAUGUUCUUAGAGGUGCUGACAUGUGAAAUUAAUUUGACUUUGUGCUGGGCAAUUAUGUUCAACUGAGCUGAUGAAAAAAAUAACGUUUCAGAAAAGUAAACGAUUUCCGUGACAUUCGGAACAGUUUCCGGGAUGUGGGACGAGGCUUUAAUUUCCGGAACGGUCGGUCUCGGUGCUAGCAAGAGAAAUAGCAAAACCAGUGCGAGUCUAUUGCUUGAACAUUCAGAUCCAUUGUCAUAUUUGGAAGUCCAUUUUCCACUAUCGCCUCCGGGCCAACUGUCGGAGGCCGAUCGCUGGGCUCUGUUAUCCGAUAGGCACAGUCACUAGGACCUACGAAAUCUAUGCAAGUAACAACCAUACCACAAGGCUCUUUAACAAAGGUACCAUAAUGUCACAUACCGUUUUGCUGCCGGGGAAAAAAUUGUUCAAGAUAAUUUUAUUCUCAAAGAACAAAACAUUGGAAUUCCGGUUUGGUUCGUUUCAUUCUUCCGGAAAUAUCACGUGCAAAAUAUGACUCUUCCUGCUUCAGAAUUGUUCGUAUUUGAGUUCAUGGUGACGCUGCGUCAUUGAGUAGCGUCAUCUGUAAUUUUUAAGAGGAAACAUGACGCAGAAUAUAGCCGAGCCUUUGCUACGUCAUAGCAAAAGGGGAAGGGAAGAUUCGAAAGGCAAGCGGGAAUUGUGACACUUUUUGGUCCCUUCAUACGCGUAUAUUUUAUGUGCAUCCUGCAAAGAACGCUUUUAAUAACAGCUGCAGAAUUUAAAUGUCUCAAGUAUGAAGGCUGAGCUCCGGCCGCUAUUACCCCAGGAAAGAGAGAGGAGGAGGGCGCCAAAACCGAUCGACACGUGGACCUGACUGGCAGAAAGCGAAAUCCGGUCGCCCGGAUCAAUUUACAGGCUCCCCCUCCAGAGGUCUCCAAAUUUCUGGCUGCAAAAUACCGCUCGUAGAGGCGAAGUUGCAUCACGGUUAAGGGUGACGCGGACAUUCUUCGAGAGCGAGAUGCGAGGAUAAGAGGGACGCGAGUUAGAAUGAGAGACAAGACAAGGCGAUGCAUAAGCUCUGACGUUGGCUUUGACGUGUCGAAGGAAGAAGCGACUCGUGCUAUAAAGGGGCUGGUCCGUGCAGACACCUACUUACAGAUCAGCGCGAUGAAGCAGAAAGUGAUUCUCCUCGCUGCGUUCCUGCUCGCUGUGCAGAGCGCGACCUGCCAGCUGUGUCCACAGUGCACGUGCAGGAACUCCUACGCUCCGGUGUGUGCAAGGAACAAAGUAACCGGAAAGCUGAGAGGAUUUUCAAGCCAGUGCGUGCUUAACUGCACCAAUAAGUGUCGAGACAACAGAUUUGAAUACUUGGGCCCUGGACGAUGCGGCCACUUCACAACCAGAACGACAUUAGAAACAACUCCCAUUCCAUAUGUGAAAUAGACAUCAAAGUAGAGUUCGUUAUCUGUCUAGUCUUAAAACGUGUUUAUGAAGAAGCAAGUUAAUAGAUGUCGAAUGACUGUACUGUGUGUUCUUACAUUGAAAUAUAUACACAUAACUUACAUAUACAAAUAA